GUUGAGGAUUUUACCCGGAAUUUCCGGACGACACGACUACAACAGACAAACUUCUGUUCGGUCUGUUGUCAAUAGAACAAACUAUAAACAACAUAAAGAUGGAUUAUUUCAGAAAAGUACUAGGAGGUCCACAAGAUGCACAAACUACUAGUGGUGCAGAAACUAUUGAACGCCUAUGUGAACGUGUUUCAUCUUCUACUCUUCUAGAUGAUCGAAGAGAUGCUGUUAGGGCAUUAAAAGCCCUAUCAAAAAAAUUUAGACUGGAAGUUGGAACACAAGCGAUGGACAUUCUUUUGAAUGUAUUACAACAAGAUAGAAAUGAUACUGAGAUUAUUGGUUAUGCACUGGAUACUUUCUAUCAUGUUAUGUCCAAUGAGCCUACAGAUGAAGAUGACUUAAACAACACAUCUGGCAAUGACUUGGGAGGACAAUUUACUGAAAUCUUUAUCAAGCAUGCUGAGAAUGUUACAUUACUUUUAACCUUUCUUGAGGAGUAUGACUUUCAUGUGAGAUGGCCAACUGUUAAACUACUUACAGUUUUACUUACUAAUAGACAGAAGGAUUUGCAAGAAAUAAUACUUGUUAUCCCUAUGGGAGUUUCAAGACUAAUGGAUCUUUUGUCUGACAGUAGAGAAAUUAUCCGUAAUGAUGCAUUGCUGUUACUGAAUCAGCUUACAAAAGGCCAUGCAAAUAUUCAAAAAAUUGUAGCCUUUGAAAAUGCAUUUGAAAGAAUAAUCGAUAUAAUCCGAGAUGAAGGAGCAACAGAUGGAGGUAUUGUUGUAGAAGACUGUUUGCUGUUGCUGCAGAACCUUCUGAGAAAUAAUGCUUCUAAUCAGAAUUUUUUCAAAGAGGGCAGCUACAUUCAGAAGCUGAGGCCAUUCUUUCAAUUGGAUGAUGAUUCUCAUUCUAAACAAGUUGGAUGGUCAGCACAGAAAGUUACAAAUAUGCAUCUUUUAUUACAGCUUGUCAGAACUUUGGUGUCUCCCAACAAUCCACAAAACCAAACAGUUGCAUGUCAAAAAGUGAUGAACCAGUGUGGUUUGUUACAAGAUUUGUGUUCUAUCCUAAUGGCAAGUGGUGUUCCUGCUGAUGUUUUAACUGAGACUAUCAACACAGUAUCAGAGGUUAUCAGAGGGAGUCAAAUUAACCAGGAAUAUUUUGCCUCUGUUUUAGCACCAUCUACCCCACCAAGGCCUGCAAUUGUUGUUCUGCUGAUGUCCAUGGUUAAUGAAAAACAGCCUUUUGUGUUGAGAUGUGCAGUUUUGUACUGUUUUCAAUCUUUUCUCUACAAAAAUGAGGUGGGACAGUCGCAGAUCAUACAGACUCUAUUACCAACUGCUGCUGAUGCCACUUCAAUUACCGCUGGUCAACUUCUGUGUGGAGGUUUGUUUAGCGUUGACCCACUGUCAAACUGGUUUGCAGCGGUUGCCCUUCUUCAUGCUAUUGUAGAGAAUCCUACUCAGAAGGAACAAUUACUCCGUGUUCAGCUUGCUACAAGCUUAGGUAGUCCUCCUGUUUCUUUACUCCAGCAGUGCUGUAACAUGCUGUCACAGGGAGGAAAAUUACAGACAAGAAUAGGACUAUUGAUGAUUUUAUGUGGGUGGCUGGCUGAUUGUCCAAUUGCUGUGUCACAUUUCCUAAGUAACACAGCAAAUGUACCUUAUCUCAUCUCACAAGUCUCAGCAAGUGAAGGGGAUGAACAUGAGGCAAUAUGCCAAGGCCUUUGUGCAUUCUUAUUAGGAAUUUGUAUGUUGUACAAUGAUGACACAAGCGAAGCUUUUUCUAAGACAGCCUUAAAGCAGAUUUUACAGAAUCGUAUUGGGCUAGAAUCAUUUACAGAUAAGCUUACUCAAGUUGCACAAAAUGAAAAUUACACCAGGGCUGCCAAAAAACCACACCUGUAUCACAAACAUCCUAGUGAAAUUGUUUUUGAUUUUGAAUUUACCAGACUUUUCAAAAGCUUAGAAAAUGAGGUAUUAAAGGCAGUUUCUGGUACAGGCAGUAGUAUUAAUGGAAGGAAAUCUGGGGGGCCAAGUGUUGAACAGUACAAAACUUUAAUGAAAGAACAAGAGGAUCAGUUGAUUAUUUUAAGACAGAGAGUGGAGGAGUUGCAGACACAUACAAUAGGUGCUGAUAAAACUAUAGUGGAACUUCAAAGACAAGUGCAACAGUUGAAGGACCAGAAUUCUCUGCUGAAGGCUCAGAGAGGAAAUCAAGGCAGUCCAUCUCAAACAGGGGCAGGAAACACAGAAGACAUUGAAAGCUUGCGUAAAGAAAUUACAGAACUUAAAUUACAAAUACAAGAUAAAGAUGCCCAGCUGUUGACAUCUGCUGUAGCUCUAGGUGACAGAGAUGAGAAUAAAGAGAAUAACCCUGACAGUACAGCAGUGCUACAGUCAUCAUUAGCCAGGUUACAGGGAGAACUUGCCUCUAGGGAUGCACAGAUUAGUCUUUUGCAAUCAGAGUUAGAUAAAGUCAAUGCACUUUUGCUACAAAAAGACAAUACCCAAGUAAGUGCAUCUGUCGCUGACAGUGAUUCUAGGAUCCAAGAAGUUGAAGCUAAACUAAAAACUGUCACAGAAGAAAGAAAUAACUUGCAAGAAAGGCUUAAAAAAUCAAAUGAAGAGAAUUUAAAGCUAGCAAAUACAAUUAGAAAUUUAGAAGAGGAGAAAGUAUCAGUUGAUGAAGAGAAAAAUAAUUUGAAGGAAGAAAUGGAAAAUUUAAAGAAAGAACAAGAUGACCUCUUAGUGCUAUUGGCAGAUCAAGAUGCUAAGAUUGAAAAGUUUAAAACAAAGUUGAAGGAGCUGGGUCAAGAGGUGGAAGAUGAUGAAGAUGAUGGUGAUCUUGAUGAUGAAAAUGAAGAUGACCUAGACGCUGACUGAUCACAUUAAAAUCACUAUCUUUUGACCAAGUUAGCAUGAGAGUUGUGAUAUUCAAACUAAAUAUUUUCAGAACAUACAGAAAGUAUUAACGAUUUCAUUAAUACAUGAUACACAAUGUAUCAUCUUGACGCUAUAAAAUGUGAUGACAGCAUAUGUUAUAUCACUUAUUGUUUAAUGACCAAAUAAACAUAUUUUAAAAAUUUGCAACUAGGGUAAGAGAAUUUGGUCAUUCUUAAAAGCAGGCUGUUUUCUUAUGUAAAUAUUAGUCCAUUUGUGUUAUAGAAAAAAGAUACUAAGCCAUGGUCCUAAGAUUAAGUUAAAAGUUUUUGUCUCCCGAGAAUGUAGUUGCUAGUCUGCAUUAUGACUUGUUUUUUUAAAGUAUGAAUGAAUUUUUUAAUAUAAUUUAUAAAGCUUUAAUAAUAGAGAAAUUUUUGUUAUUUAUGGUAAGAAAUUAAAUGCCUUAAAAAGAGUUAUUUAGAUUAAAGAUAUUUUAAACAAUAUGAACAUGUAAAUAAAUACUUUAAGUCAGAUAUUUUUUUAUCUUAGAUGUCAAUAGUAAGAUCUACACCAUUAAAAAGAAAAUAAACAGGUGUUGGUUUUUUUUUGUUUCACCAUUUUAUGAUGAUUAUUUUUAAAUGUGUAGUAUUUUAUGAAUACAUUUAUUUUAACAAUUCUUUAAGUUGCUGAAACUAACUUUAAUGGCUUUAUUUUUAUGAGGAAACCUGCUUUGUUCCUUUUUAUAUUUCAUGUUACUGCUUAUAAAAGAAGAAAAACACUAAAAAGUUGUAGCUAAGAAAAAACAAUUCCAACUAAGAUUAUGAAAUUGCAAUAUUUAGAAAUGAAAUCUUGGUGCUUGAUUCCUAACUUAAAUUUUAAAAAUCUUUGUUUAAUAGUGUGACAGUUUUUUUUUAGUGUUGUAGUUCUAUAAGAAUGUUUUUAUAGGAACCUUUAUAAAUAUAUAGACAUUUCUUACCUAGUCUGGACUGGUUGGUAACCUGAAUGAGCAAGGUUUUCACUAUCCUUUAUGCUUUAAGAUGAUAGGAUAAGCUAAAAAUAUAAUUUAUUGUGUGCAAUGCUGCUUUGUUGAAUGGAAAUUGUAGAACAAGGACAAUGCCAUGUUGUUUUAACUGAAGUUGUAUAUAUAGGAAAAGCUCAACUUUCAGCCUUCAGUUGAACUUAAUCAAUAGUGCCUGGAUUACUGUUGAGAUGGUAUUGUUAUGUUUUGAUUGAUACUUAAAGAGUAGUUGUAAUGUUCCCUCUUUAAUUUGGUGUGAACAAUUUUCUAACCAGUGUCAUAUGCAGUCCGAAUUGAGCAUUUGAAUAAUUUAGUUCUAAGCUUGAGACCAAGAUUAUGUUAAAGGAUACAUAUCUUUUGGUCAGUAAGGGGUUAAAACAGAAGAAUUAAAGCAUUUAUAAUUAACAAUUUUAGCCAGAUCACCUGUUUUAAACUGUCACUGUACAUAAUAUUAACCUGUACAAAUCUAUUUAUAAAUUUCUUAUCGUUCUUUUUAGAGAAAUAUCAUUGGAUCAUCUCUUUAUGACCAUAAUUAAUUAUAAUAUAUACCUUAUUUCUUUGUCAUUGUGUAUUUAUGUUUUCCAAAUGUUAAAUAAAUGACCUUAUGAAGCUAGCACACCAUUUUUAGUACUCUUUAUUAAAAAAGCAAAUAACA